AUGGCCCAAAAUAGACAAAAGUCUUAUGCCGACCACCGGAGAAGGGACUUAGAGUUUCAACAAGGCGAUAAAGUAUAUUUGAAGAUCAUACAUUCUCAAGUAAUAUCCCAGGGAAAGGAAAAAAAGAAGUUGAGCCCUAGAUACAUCGGACUAUAUGAGAUCUUGGAGCGAGUCGGGGUAGUUGCUUAUCGUUUAGCAUUACCUCCGACAAUGUCCAACAUACAUAACAUUUUUCAUAUCUCACGACUCCGGAAACAUGAGCCUGAUCCCACCCAAAAGAUUCCUGUAGAGGCUAUUGAGCUACGAGAAGAUUUAACCUAUCCUGAAGAACUAGUCGAAAUUUUGGAUACAAAGGAACAAGUGCUAAGGAACAAGACGAUACCGAUAGUGAAAGUCCUGUGGAGGCAUCACGACAUUGAAGAAGCUACUUGGGAAAGAGAAGAAGAAAUUCGGCAAAAUUAUCCAAACCUCUUUGACUUUAUGGAGACUUAA